CCGAAGCCCGGUACGCGGUCGCCGCCGCUGCCCCGUUUCUCCGACACGCCGGCAGCACCCGACUCGGGGUUUUGCUCGGCGCACCGGGGCCGGCUGCGGGAGGGACGGCGAGGUGCUGAGCCGAGCCCCGGCGCCGCCCCGCCGCUGCGCGGAGAGCCGCAGCCGCUCUCGGCUGAGCAUCCCUGCGCCGCCAGCCCCUCCUCAGCCCGGUCCCCGGCACCUGUGCCCAGUACCUGUGCCCUGUGCCCGGCCGCAGGUGCAGUUCAGCUGAGACUGACUUCCUCUUUGGCUAUCCAUAAACUGUGAAACAGAAGGAUGCAGGAGACCAUCCCCUGCCUUUUCGUCCAUGAGUGAUAAGAGCACAAGAUCAUUAAUACAAGUUUGCUGCAAAGAUGAGUUCAGAGGAGAAGAGUAUAUCUCCAGCUCACAAAACAUCCACUCCAUCACAUAGAAGUGCCUCCUCCUCAUCAUCCUCUCAGAGAGACAGGAGGCAGAGUGUUCAUAUUUUGGAGCGAAAGGCUUCUUCAGGAAGCACAGACCCUUCUUUAAGCAAGCAGUUCCUUGAAAGUGAUCAUCUCUCUCUAUCCAAGGAACCUGACAGCUGGGAAAUCAUAGAGGGUCUGAAAAUAGGCCAGACCAAUGUCCAGAAGCCAGACAAACAUGAAGGUUUCAUGCUGAAAAAGAGAAAAUGGCCAUUAAAAGGUUGGCACAAGAGGUUUUUUGUCCUGGAUAAUGGAAUGUUGAAAUAUUCAAAGUCACCAAUUGAUAUACAGAAAGGAAAGGUCCAUGGGAGCAUUGAUGUUGGUUUAUCAGUCAUGUCUAUAAAAAAAAAGGCUCGUAGAAUAGAUCUUGACACAGAAGAACACAUCUAUCACCUAAAGGUGAAAUCCCAGGAUUCAUUUGAUGCAUGGGUUUCAAAGUUACGGCACCACCGAUUGUACCGUCAGAAUGAGAUUGUGAGAUCUCCCAGGGAUGCCAGCUUCCAUAUAUUCCCCUCAGCAUCUACUACAGAGUCUUCACCAGCUGCCAAUGUGUCGGAUGGAAAGGUGCAGCAAAAUAACUUCCCCUGGCAGCCUCCUAUACCUUGCAGUAACAGCCUUCCUGUCACCUGCACUACUGGUCAGAGUAAAGUAGCAGCUUGGCUGCAGGACUCUGAAGAGAUGGACAGAUGUGCAGAAGAUCUUGCUCAUUGUCAGUCUAACCUUGUGGAACUCAGUAAGCUUCUUCAAAAUUUAGAAAUACUACAGAGAACUCAGUCAGCACCAAAUUUCACAGACAUGCAGGAAGGGCCGGCACCGAAGGGCCAGUUCAGCACAACACGACGCCGGCAGAGACUGGCAGCUGCUGUGGCUACAACAGUCCCUUUCAGUGCUACGAUGUCACCUGUUCGAUUGCAUUCAUCCAACCCCAACCUUUGUGCAGACAUUGACUUUCAGGCUCCCCCAAGCCAUGUGACUGACCCUCUGGAGUGCUCUACUGAGUACAUGAAGCUUCAAGAAGAGUUCUGCUUGAUGGCACAAAAAGUGCAUUCUCUUUUGAAGUCUGCCUUUAACAGCAUAGCUAUAGAGAAGGAGAAGCUUAAGCAGAUUGUUUCAGAGCACGAUCUUGCAGGCCACAAUGCUCAAAUAGCUCACCUCAGACAGUCCCUCUCUCAGGCUCUCAACCAGAAUGCUGAACUAAGGAGUCGCUUGAACAGAAUACAUUCAGAAUCUGUUAUUUGUGAUCAGGUUGUCAGUGUAAAUAUUAUCCCUAGUCCUGAUGAGACGGGUGAACAAAUUCAUGUCAGUUUGCCACUGUCUCAGCAAGUUUCUAAUGAAAGCAGGCUGUCUAUGUCUGAAUCUGUUUCAGAGUUCUUUGACGCACAGGAAGUGCUUCUGUCUGCCAGCUCGUCAGAGAACGAGGCUUCUGAUGAUGAAUCUUAUAUCAGUGAUGUGAGUGACAAUAUAUCUGAGGACAACACCAGUGUUGCAGACAACAUUUCUCGGCAAAUUCUUAAUGGUGAGCUAACAGGAGGCGCAUUCAGAAAUGGACGGAGGACUUGUCUCCCAGCUCCCAGCCCUGACACCAGUAACAUCAAUCUCUGGAAUAUUUUGAGAAAUAACAUUGGUAAAGAUCUUUCCAAAGUAUCCAUGCCAGUUGAGCUAAAUGAACCUCUGAAUACCUUGCAACAUCUUUGUGAAGAGCUGGAAUACAGUGAACUCUUGGACAAGGCUGCUGAAACAGAUGAUCCUUAUGAACGUAUGGUUCUUAUAGCUGCCUUUGCAGCAUCAGGCUAUUCCUCUACGUACUUUAGAGCAGGAAGCAAGCCAUUUAACCCAGUGCUUGGUGAAACCUAUGAAUGUAUUAGAGAAGACAAAGGAUUUCGAUUUUUCUCAGAGCAGGUUAGCCACCAUCCUCCCAUUUCAGCCUGUCACUGUGAAUCGAAAAACUUUGUGUUUUGGCAAGAUAUCAGGUGGAAAAACAAAUUCUGGGGGAAAUCAAUGGAAAUUCUGCCUGUUGGAACCUUGAAUGUGACUCUUCCAAAGUAUGGAGAUUACUAUGUCUGGAACAAAGUCACUACUUGCAUACAUAAUAUUCUUAGUGGAAGGAGGUGGAUAGAGCACUACGGAGAGAUAACUAUCAGAAACACAAAAAGCAGUGUUUGUAUUUGUAAACUCACUUUUGUCAAGGUGAACUACUGGAAUUCAAAUGUAAAUGAGGUCCAGGGUGUUGUGAUAGAUCAAGAAGGGAAGGUGGUUCACCGCCUUUUUGGAAAGUGGCAUGAAGGCCUCUACUGUGGGGUUGCACCUUCAGCCAAAUGCAUAUGGAGGCCAGGCUCCAUGCCAACCAAUUAUGAGCGUUAUUAUGGCUUCACAAGGUUUGCUAUUGAGCUCAAUGAAUUAGAUCCUUUACUGAAAGAUCUUCUUCCUGCAACAGAUGCACGAUUCAGGCCAGAUCAAAGGCUUCUGGAGGAAGGAAAUAUAGAAGCAGCAGCAUCUGAGAAACAAAGAAUAGAGGAACUCCAGAGAGCUCGGAGGAGGUACAUGGAAGAAAACGGCAUUGAAUAUGUACCCAAAUUUUUUAAAAAAGUUAUUGACGCUAAUCAAAGAGAAGCCUGGGUUACCAAUGAAACCUACUGGGAACUGCGAAAGGAUCCUGGUUUUAGUAAAGUAGACAUUCCCGUACUCUGGUAAACUGAGAAUGUAGACCUAGUAAACAUAUCACUCUGAAGAAAAAAAAUAACUAUGCACAAUAUGUUUCCUAUAGCUAAGCGUGGUUUGUGGGUCUACAGAACAACCAUAUCAUACGCAUUUAUAUUCAUCUUUAUAAUGGACUUUUGGAAGUGCAUUAGACCAGGCCCCUGACCACUUCUGGAUCUUUCUAAUUUUGCAGCAGCCAUCAAAACUGAAAAAAAAAAAAAAAAAAAAAAAAGGAAAUAAAAAUCUUUUAAAGUUUCAUACAAUGAAAGCUCAGAAAUAAAGAAGCAGAUGAGUUAUCCAAAGUCACUCGGAAGAGGUGGUAAGCGCAAAACUGAAACCGGUGCUUUAAACAGACAUUAAGAGUAAUACAAUUUAAAUUAAAAAAAAAAAAAAGAAAAAAAAAGAGAAAAAAAUCCAUUUUGUUCCAACUAUUUUUGUUAAAAACUCUUGGGUCACAACACUGUCAUUUCUGGCUUCACAGGUUAGUCCUUUGGUGUGAUGUGCUUGGACUGGCCUUUGUCAAAAAGAUAUGCUUUUCCGGAAGCUGUUCCCAUUCAUAUGCCAUUGUUCAUGCCUUAACAAAGUAUGAAGAUGUACAUUAAGUAAUUUUAAAAUAUCUAUGCUUAGGCUUGUGUGAAGAGCAGAUUUUUAAAGCUCUAGAAUUUUAUCACAAUAUAAAUACUGGAAGACCUGCAUUAUUUGAAGUCAAAAGAUAACCAAACAUCUGACUGUAUUUCAAAGGAAUGAGAUCUACUGUACAUGCUGUAGCUUUGGGAUGCUGACUGUAUAAUCAGACUGAAAAGAAACUGCUGGCUGGUUGAAUUUCAAUUUUGGUAAAUGCAUAUGAGUUGCUGGUCAGAUAGUUCAUAUUCUAAAUGACUGAUGCUAAGAUGCAGUCAUCACAUUUAGUACUGGCUGGACAUAGGCCUCUCAGUGAAUCUCAUUUUCCCAUAGCUGUUUAUACAAUUAGAAAUCCCUGAAGCUUUGCAACAGUGUUAAAAGCACAGAAAGAUUUCAUGUGAAGGUCUCUGGCUUCUCUCCAGAAGCUGGAUAGUACUGUACAUGUAACUGUUUUCUGCCACACACAAUGUUUAUUUUCCUGGCUCUGUUUUUCCCCCAUCCACUUUUCUUAUCUAAAUUUAUGUUUGAGAGUAUGGCAGAGGCCCCCACGUGUUAUAGCUAACAACUUCUGCUUGCCAAAACAGCUUUUGUGCAAAAUACACUUUACAUUUUUUCAUACAUUUUUUGAUUAAAAACAAAGUCUCUUAUGUGUUGCUAAGCCUCAGUUAAUAUAAGUGGGAGAAGACUUGGCACUUUCUAUUGGAAAAUCUCUGAAACAUUAAACAGUAGGAGGGCAGAUCUUAGUAGAAGAAAAAACAGUAAUUUAUUAGGUAAGAGCUACAUUCCAUGUGGUAUGAUCUAGUCUUCCAUUUGUGCAUGUGUUGGUGGGAUGUAUACAUCCCACCAGUGAUGAUAGGUUAGAUUUCAUGCACAGACUCUGUAUUCCUUUCUGCCCAUACAUAACAUACAAUUUUUCUAUUUAAGAUUGAUUCCAGUCCUGAGACCAAAAAUAAAAUUACUAGAUAGGUAUGUGAUCUGCCAGCAGAGCUACUUGAACAGUUGUCAGUGCAUUACUACACAUCCCCAGCUCUCAGCCUGCUGGUCCCUAUACAACUGAGAUUGCUUUGGUUAUUUAAUAUUAAUUUAGUUCUCCCUGUUGGUUGUAUAGCAAAGUAACUAGCAGGCCAACUAGCUGCUAAUCAGUUCCAAUUUCUUCACAUAGUUCUGUUAUCAGAAAGAACUAUGAAAACCUACAGAAAAUAUUAAGUAGACUUUUCAUGAAUUGUGAAUGCUCAUGAAUUUUUUAUAGAAAUUUGGUAUAAAAGUCCCUGUGUAGAUUAAUGGGAUUUCUUCCAAAGAAAAUUUUAAGUCAUUCAAAGAAUGUUAUCUUUCUCUUUCCUAGCUGAACCUAGUCUGUUUUAUUCUUAUUGUAGCUCUGCAAUUUUUAUUAUAAGAAAAUGCAAAUACAUCAAAGUUGGCUUUUUAAAUAAUAUUGGUUAAGGUCAUCCUACUUGCUUAAAUAAUAUUGCAAUAGGAAUCAAAUUGGCACAUUGCGUGUAAAACAGCAAUUAAUUAUUCUAUGUAGUUUUCCUUAAAGCAAACUCUAUUAAAUAUUUGCCCAUCUUUUGCUCCAGUCUUUGUGUGCAGUUCACCGUGAUAUUAGGAAGUAUUAUGUGUGUAUGACUGCAAGCACAUUUGAGGGACAGAACUGCAGAUCCUCAAAUCUUUAAUUUAAAUACAGAAAGAAGGUCUUUAGUUUUACAGCAUUCUGGCAGAGCUCUGUGAAUGCCAUUAUUUGUGACACAAACUGAAACUUGGUGGACACUAAAAAUGCUGUCACUGAAUUGUUUUUUACAGUUGCUUAUUUGACACUCAUUUAAAGAAAAAUAAUGCUAAUAUUUUUAAAAAUCUAGAAAAUCUGUGAUAUGCUAAAUCUUUCUAUUGAAGGCACUUUCUAAGCCAAGUGGAUGUUAAAUUAGUUAAUUAGUAAGUAGAAAAGACACAAAAUGAUGCAACACAAGAUAUUUGCAUUCUAUGUCAGAAAUUAAAAAGUUCAAGCAGAUGUACCAUUAAGCAGUUUCUUGUAAUGCAGAAUUCUCUGUAUUCUCUGUAUUCUCUAAAUCUGUUAUUGCAUUUUUUCUCUAACAUCAUGGAAUAUUUUGUGCUGUUUCUAAAGUGGAUAGGUACAGGGCUUCUAUCCAAAUUAUAAUUUUUAGUCAACCUGUGACGUUUCAUUAAGUGAGAGAGGAUGGUGAGUUUUCCCCACCCCCUGCCCAUGUCGUGCAGAACUGAGUAUCCCAUUCUGCAAAGAGAGUGACCCACUGGCUGUUUUGCAGCCUGGCACCUUUUGCAAAUGCCUGCUGGUUUUUGGCAGGGCUGCUGCUUAGACAUCUCUUUGCAGCACGUGGGAUUUUUCCGCUCCAGGAGCAGACUUUUUCACUCCUAUUGAACCUCGUGAAGUGUUUCCUGGCCCAGUCCUCAAGCUGAGCAGUGUCCUUCUGCUUGAAGCUUUGCCAUUUGGCAUGCAAUCUCGUCCCCCUAAUUUGAUGUCGUCUCUGAACUAGUUAUCAUGUAGUCUUAUGUCCCUGAGCAGGUCACUGGUGAGAUGUUGAUUGACAUGGCCACAGAACUGACCCCUGCAGGGCUGUCCUCAUUGCUGGCUGCCAGCAGGGCACAAACCACUGAUCAGUGAGUGCCCUUCAAGCCUGGGAUUCAAGCAGUUUUCGGCCUAACUCACUGCAUUCAUCUAGGCAGUAUUUCCUUUUGGAAGGCAUGAAAAAUGCUAUCCAACUCAGUAGAUUUAAUUGCUAUACGCUUGGUAAGUGUUGAAAAUUAGUGUAAAUCAUUUGACAUGUAAAACUUUUUAUGCCAUUUGAGAGGUUCUUUUGGUUCAAAGACAAAUGCUUUUCCCCUGUGUUUUCUCAAAACACUUAUUUCUGUAUAAAAAUACACAAUACUUAUGCUUUAGUUUCACAAUAAUGAGCUGUACUUUCUAUUAAUAUUUUUAAAGUGUACCUUAAUUUCUUCCUUCUUCUGGUACUUUGGAUAUGAUAAGGUAAUAGUAGCUAUUUUCAUCAAAUGCAAUGUCUUAAAAGAUUUAAAUAGCUUCAUUCUUAUUUUAGAUUAGUAUUAUUGAGAUGGCAGAGUUUCGGCAUAUUAGAAAUUUUUAUCUCACAGGAAGACAAUUUGAGUUAAUUUUCACGAAGUAUCACCGUGAUUAAAAAGUCAUCUAGGCACCCAUUCUAAUUUUAGACAGAUGUAAGUUUCUUCUUUGUAUUUGGCUUUAAAAGUGCAAUUCCCACUACAAUACUCUUCAUCAUACAAAUAAUGUUACCCUUCUUUUUUCUCCUUUUGAACUUCUGACUGAAUAAGCCCAUGUGGCACCUGUGGGUUUUAUGUGAGUAACACGCCAGGCAUAUGUCAAGUACUGCAGUAUGGAAACAUGGCGCAGUGUUGAAAGAUACUAUCCUUAAUUCCCUACUGAGCACUGCCAGUGCUUUUUGCAAACAAACUACACAAACCUUAAGGCAAACCAGGAGCUAGCGCUGGUCCUGCCCCCAUGGGCACCUGUGAGCACCUUGCAUCUGGGCCAUGUCCUCUGUUCCCCCUGCAGGGAAUGGGAUUUUCUCACCUCUCACCACUGGAGCUCAGCACAGUUGCAGUCUUACACUGAGCUUCAUCCUCAAAAAAAUCAAAAUUUUUAGAAAUGCCCUGGAGGGGAGGAGAGGUUAAUUUGCAAUUGCACAAUAACCAAGAGGGCUGAAUAUAUCCAUUCUCUGUUUUGCAAAACUUGCUCUCACUAGUAAAGGCCUGUUAGUAUAGGGAAGGUAGGUGUGCUCUCCUUGUUUUACAGGAAUUUAGACAUUGUCUGGUGCAACAAUAAACAAUAGCUAUUUUACAUGUGUUUGCUGCAGUUGAAAUCUGAGGAAUGAACAUUUUUAGAUGCCAUUAGCAAUAAUGGAGCUGCAUAAUUAAAGCAAAGGAGAGUUUUUCAGAUUAAAUCCAUCUGAAAGUGUAUCUGUAUUCAUAUGCUAAAAUGUUAGGAGGGGUUAAGCUAGAGAGUUUUGCUCACCUGGGGGAAUAAGAUUAAUAUUGACAGAAGUGUAUCAGAAACACUGGAAUGGCCUCACUGGUAACCUUGUGUUAUAAACAGACCCAUGAGAAAGCUAAGGACAUUUGCUAUGUCAUAACCACUUACCUUGGCAGCUACUGGGGCUGAAAAACACUACCUUUUUUUUUUUUUUCUGUCUGUCAUUGAGUAACAGUCACCAAAACUGUGUAAAACUUGAAUUUACGCUUCAGUAUGUAUAUUGAUAAUUUUGAGGUAUAUUUAAUAUAAAAAGCAGUAUAAUUUUCUACUUCACCAUUCCUGGUUACAUUUAUGGCAAUACGGAUACCAGUCAGUAUUUUCAUGAAGAAAGGGGUCUUGGUUGUUUUUUUUUUCUUCUUUUUUUUUUUUUUUUUUUUAACAUGGAAGAAUCUAGACUGUGUUAAUAAAUGAUUAUUCCUGGUGAGAGUAUCUCCAUAAGCUUCAUUACAACAGGGACUGGCACCCAGGAGAAUGCUGCAAAUCUGAGUAAGGUCAGAGAAAUUGCACAUUUACAGCAAUUUAUCUUAUUUUUAUGUUAUAUAUUGUAAGGAAUCUACUUACAAAAUCAGAUAUAUUAUUUACUCUUAAACUAGGGUACAUAAAACUUUUAUUCAUUGGCUUUAGCAUAAACUAUAUGUUAUUUCCAUUAAACUGAGAAGGAUUUUUAUACAGUUUCUUGCAAGUUUAAAAAGUAAUAUUGAUGUACUUGUGUUUUAUAUACCAGCCUACUCCUUUGUCAAAUUUUGUGGCACUAUAAACUCAUCAUCUCUAUUUCUUUUUAAUUUAUUUUUUUUUUAACUUUCCUUGCAAUCUUUGUCAAACCUCAGAAAAGAAAGGCAAGGGAGAGACAACAAUGCAGAAUGGUAAAACUAGUCACAGAAGCUCUGUUGAUGUGAGAUGUAACAAAACAGAAAGUUUUCUAACUUGUAGGAAUUAAAAUGUCAGCAGAGCUGCUGAAUUUGUUUCAGGCUGGUUAUCAUAAUACCAUUUUUCUUUCCACUGAUCCAUGACAGCAUGAAAAAGGGGAGGAUUGGAAACAUUUGCUCAGAAUUAAUGCUGAAGGUGAAGUUUUUACUCCUUUUAUAAAUAAAAAAUGACUGUAGCCAGCAUUUGGCUGAAGAUGUCUUGGUAACGUGGACAAGAAAGAGAGUUACAUAGUCUGAAUAUAAUCAGCAGUGUGUAAUAUGUUCUUUCUGACCUAUGAAUAAUUCAUUGAAGUAUGGUAAAGCUACUUAUUGGUACUCCUGGAGUAAUGAUUCAGACAUCUGUGAAACACUAAAAUGUAUUUUCAUAUUGACUGCUACUUUUAGUGGUCUGCAUUAAUGUCAGAGGAUAUCUUAUGCUGAUGUAUAAUGUUGUUCACCCAGAACAUUAGGUGUGCAAAAUGGGAAGAGAUGAGGAAAUUCCUUCAGAAAUUCAGGAGUGGGUAAAUUCUCUGAGAAUCAAAAUAACGUGCUCUACAAGAGCAGAACACUGUGGCAAAUAUUCAGCCAGAACUGUUCUUCACUGAGCUACUUGCUUCUGGUGCCAGUCGGUGUAGUCACACAUGCAACCUCUCGUUCUGAAAUUGCAUCUAUUUUUAGGAUUAUGUUUCUGUCCCAAGGCUUGCUAUGUCAUGUCCACCAAAAGCAAUCAGUGGUUGAGUCAGGACUGCCAACUCAGAUUUCUUGUCUAGUCGUUCUGUGCUAAAUGUUCCCUCUUUCUUUAUUAAAGUCACCUGAACAAGGAAUAUUAGGGUAAUAUUAACAGUGAAUACAUGGUUAAUCGUCAGUAUUUUCCACAGAAAGGAAAAUUCAGAAUAGCUUCUUUAACUAUGUGGAAGAAAUACAGAUGAGUUCUUCUAUUAUACUUGUGUUUGCUUAUUACUUUAUAAAAUAUUUUGGGACUGGAUCACAAUAAGUAUAUUAAAAUGACUUCAUCCCCUGUCUUGAAGUCGACAUUGAAAAUUGUCAUUCCAAUUUGAUAUUAAAAAAUAAGUCUAUUAAGUUUUUGAAAUAAGUGCUACGGUAUUCUUUAGUAGUUGAGAUACAGUGUAGCAAAUUGAGACCACAAUAAAUUUUAUUUUCUGCUGAGUCUCACAGAAGACCUGACUGAGCAGAAAAAUAAGUGCUGAUGAAUGUGUUUUGUUAUGCAGGCAAAAAUGCAAAAUGACAACUUCUACCUUAGUAAGCUUUCUAAUUAGCAAAGACACUGUUCUUGUUCUUUCUUAAUAAUUUCUAGACUAUUUAUUUUCAAACAUUUUUUCCACACUAAGAAUUAAUCCCAUGAAGUUAUAGUUUUAAAAGGUAAACCAUGUUUGGAAUUCUGCAGAUAUGAAGGGUGGUGUUCAUGUCAUGCUAAACGUCCACUUCUCAGGGUGGCCACUAAAAUUUCACCCUCAGGCCAAAAAUAAAUAUCAGUGGGCUUUUCCAGUGAGAUUCUUCUUUGUAUAUGGAUUUGGGUCUAUGUUACAUACUGUAAAAUAAGUAAGAAAUCAAGCUGCCAGCAUCUGAUGUCUGAAAUAUGUUUCUUCCCCAGAAUUGCAUAGCAGACUACCUGUUCUUUAUCUGUUACGGCUAGAUUGUCUUUUAUUUAGCACAUGAAAAUGAAAAUUUCAUAAAAUGGAACUGCUGUAGCAUCAAGAAAGAUUAUUAUAAUAAUUCUGUACUACAAUCAUAGUUCUGUCAUGUAUAUUUUAUCUGUUGCAACUAGUAGCAAGACUCUUCUCUGGGUCUCUAUCUACUUUUCUUUGUAUAAUUAACUGGUGAAUUAUAAUUUCUCAAUAUUUCAACAGCAAAGAAUUCUGUAUUUUCUCUCAGUUUUGCACAAAGCUAAUAUAAAUUGGGAAUAGUGUCACACCUUUUUGGGUGUGAUCACAUCCCAAGCGCACAUGUAUGAAAUGUUGUAAAUGUUAGUAUUUUUACCUUGCUCAAAUUCUGAGCAUGCCAUUAGAAGAGUAAGGUUUAGAUUAGUUGUCGUUUUUAUACUGCCUUACUGAGCUUCUUUGCUUUUAGCAACCUUUCAGGUGGUAGAUUGUGCUGUGCCAAUUCUUUGCUGGCCAAAAUAUCAGAACCUAAGCAGCUUAAAGAGCAUUCUUUGCUGACUGCUGGUAUCCAUGUAUUUAUUCUGGAAAAAAACAAGCAAAAUAAACCAUUUCUGUUGUUUCCUUGUGCACCUCCUUGGGUAGCUUACCUGUGAAUGGAGAUCCUCAGAGUCUUUCUACUCUGAUUAUACUAUUAUUUCAGGUACAAAGGCAAGCAGAAACUUGCUUUGUGGUUUUUAAGAUGAAUUUAAAGGCAAAAAGUUGCUUUUUAGAAGUGUAAUGUAUUUAGCCAGUGCUGCUUUUGAGUAGUAGAUAGUGUCUGUUUUAAAGGGAAAUAACAGACUUUAUGGAGGAAAGGGUAUGUGUUCUUAGAUGCACCAGAUAAAUUUUUUCUAUUGCUUUCAAACAACAGAAAAAAAUUUAAGGAAAAGAAAGAUAGUGAGAAGCAUUUAUUUUUACCUAGAUACCCAAAUGUUGUAGAAUGCAUUGUUUUUUGAAUACUUCAGUAUUAAAUCUCAUAUGCAGCACUCCCAAUUUUAUACUCAAUAGUUUGCUGUGGACUUCCAUAAUGAGAUGACAAAGAAUAGGAUACUGGAAAAAAAAAUCAGUACCAUAAUUUCUAAGUAACUCUAAGUAAUAGAAAAUUAAUUUUCAGAUAUAUGUAGUGAAAAUUAUAUAAGCUACUUAUAGUAACACAAUUUUUAAAAGAAUAAGUUUGGACCUUUGUAGUAUAUUCAGUAAUUUAACAUUAAAAAAAAUAUUGUUAAUGGUUCUUGAUUGAUUUCCUGCAAAUGCAUUCAUCUCUUCAUGACUAUUCACAGGUUUCGGAUGUCUUCAUGAUGAUUCUUCUUUACAUCUUAUUAAUUCUGAUUUCAAAUAUGGGCUGAUUAUGCCUAAAAAAGUGAUUUUAUUGCUUAUGGUUAGUAAAUAUCAGCAGCAGAGGAGCAAUAAAGAAAGAUGUGAUUUGUGUAUUCCAAACCUGUAGACUUUUAUUGCACUGCAGGAGUUAAUCAACAGCGCACAUGAGAUUUUUUUUCCUGUUCCAUCUGCUUGGACUCUGACGUUACACAGGCAUCAAUGUGUUCUUAGCAUUUACAUUGCACACAGUUCUCAUUUAAAUCAGUUUGAAAGUGUAGAUGCUUAAGUUCAAACAAAAUCACUUUACAGUGACAUUCCUAAGAAAACAAUGCACUGGCUUACCUGGUUACCCCAGGUUUUGUAGCACUUGAUUUCUAAUUCCUACAUGCUUAAACAAAUGAGCACCUCCGCAGAGGCCGAGCUGCUGUUGGUACUCCAUUCUCUGUUGAACCCAGUGAGCUUCCAGGUGAGUGGAUGAUCUAGCUGCCCAAAUCUAUUUCAGCUGUAGGCCUAAUGUGCAGUUAAGCCUAGGUAUUCAACUAGUUGCCCUUAAGGUUAAUUUUGAACAUGUGCGCCGUGUUGUGGAAGAUAAAAUGUGUGAAUACAGUUGGUUUGACUGCUUGCCACUCCGAGCAAUAUAUUUGACUUUCCUUUGACUCUCUUGCGUUUUGGAACCUUAUUCUGGAGCUUGUAGUUUUUAAAAACAAGUUAUCUUCAUGUCUCUGCAAAGCUCAAUUAGGUAUGACAUUUGGAAUAAAGAACAGUACAUUAAACAAUUACAGUUUAUCAUAUUAUGUCUCAUUCUGGCAAGUUUAAUCGUAAGAAUAUUUGCAAUCUCUGUUCCUGUUUCCCUAUACUUUCCCCAGGAUGGUGCCAGCCCAGAGCUGAGGGUUGCUAGUACUGUAUGCCAGUCAAAAAAAAGGAGUCUAAUCUUUCUGAUUUGUGGAGCAGGGUGUGGCAGAGUAGGAGCACGCUCUUAAUCUUAGCCCGGAAAAGGAUGAAUGUGAGAAAGUGCCUCUCUCCGUCUAGGCUUUAGCACAUACGUAGAACUGCUUUCUUUUGGUAUUUUGAGUUCUCUGGCUACUUCUGAGAUUAAGCCUAGCCAGAAAAAAGCAGUAGUAAAACAGUUUUAAGUUUCCAUGUGAUGCAGCUGCAACACUUAAUCUGUGUCUUUGCACUUGUAAGUUGGUUUUGAACGUACUGUUGUAGUAAUCCAGAGAGCAGAUGAGGCCUCACACUGACUACCUCUCAUGCAAUAAAACCCAAGCUCAUUCAGUAGUUAAUGUUGAUUACAGUUGAGCAUCCUUUGGCCACAUGAUUCAGGGAGGUGGUAGUGGGGGGAAUAGUAAAGAAGAAAUAAUAAUAAAGACUUUAUUCCAGUGAUAUAUGUGGUACACUUGAUACCCAUAACACCAACUCCAACUGAAGGAGGUCCUACAGCUUCUGGUAGGAAAUAAAAGGUGAAUUUGGCUAUGCUAUAGUUUUUGUUGUGCUCUAAAAUGUAACAAAAGAUGUCAUCUGUUUCCUUCAGGCUAAGUCAGAUUCUCCAGGAUAUUAUGUCCAAAUCAUACACACAAUUCUAAUUUUUGAGGAAACACGAUGCUCUUUUACCUGUUGCAAUGUAAUUGGAUAAUGCAUGUACAAAUGACUUGUGUAGCCUGCCAAUGAAUGUUGCUAAUGCCUUACCAAAAAAAAAAAAAAAAAAGAUAAAGCAUAUUUUUUGUAUUUUUUUUUCCUCAGAGGCAAAUCCAAACAAUGCUAGAUUUGGGAAACUGUUUACUGAAAAGCAUUUUCUAAUAGAUCUCUGAAGAAGUGCAAUUGUAUAAUUACUAUUGUUCAGUGCAUACAGUACAUUGUCUCCAUCACUCUGUACACUGCUGCUAUUAGUGCUUGUUCUAAUAAAUCUUAAUGUACACUGUUUAAA